AUUUAAAAUGUUGAUUAGACAAGCCGAUCUUGAAACUUGACCAUUUUAUUGACCUAAUGGAACGAAUUAUGGAGUUAUCGAGUACGAAUUAAAGACGGGCUAUUGGUGUGAUGAUCUCACCGGUCGUCAAUCUUGACAAUGCAAAGGACCGGUCGUCUGCGGGGCGCGGCAAGGGACGGGACGGGGACUCCGCUGCAGGGUUUGUGCGAUUCACGGCGCACGCGGUACGACCCACAGUCACUAGUCAGUGCGACAGUUGGUCGCUCAAUGCGCGUCGCGCGCGCCUCUUUUUCGAAUUCCUUCAACAUUCCUAAAUUAUUUGCUAGUCAAAAUGAAGUUCAGUGUUUACGUUUAUAAUCGGAAGUGUUUGUGCAAAUUUAAAAAAAGUGGAUUAGUUCUCUAAUCGUUACUUGCUACGCUCCAAAGAACAAUGCUGUGGGAAAAAAUAACGUUCAGCUGGCAUCGGCAGUCGUUCCCAGCUACCUACCUUACCUCUCUCCCCGCGCCGGCAGGGUACCGGGUUCAAUGCGCCUCUCUGCGUUUAUUCAUCGUUUGUGGGAAAAGUUGACCCCCGUUUUUAAAAAUUAUUGUUAACGAAUUCACACGAUUCGUAUUGUAGUGACUACCGCAUCUUAGAUGAUCGAAUCGAAAGUUAGCUAUACAAGAGCGUGUAGGUGCAACAGGUAUUUAAUUAAAAGCUACUCAAAUGAAACUAAUUCUGUGUAAAGUGAUUAAUGAGGCACCAUCGUAAAUACCAAAUGUUUUUAUGCGCCAACUGACAAGGUUGCAGCAUUCCGCAGACCUAAACUAUUUACUCUGGGCUUUGCGAUGUUUGUCGAGUUUCAACUUCGUCGAAAUUAUUAUCUUACUGUGUUGCGGAUAGGACAUUAUCAGAGGAGGACAAUACACUUACAUUAGGCAACGUGUGUGAUGUUAGUGAAUGAAAUGUUGAAAUAGCCGUUGAAUUUCGACGGAAUUAGUGAAUACGUCCGCCGUAAUGUGAAUAGUGACGACAUCGAGUGAUGUGGAUGUAGUAUUACUAGUGAAAUAGAGAUCCGCGUGUGAAGUUCAGUUUUGAAAAUAAAUAGUGUGGACACCUGACAAUGGGGAAUCAAGGAUCUUCAGCGCACGAGCCAUUCGACAGGGCGCAGGCGGCUGCCAAUGCUGACCUUAAAAUGAAGUCGUCUGUGCGCGCGUCGUUGCGACGAGCCCGCGCGGGCGCGGCUCUGUCCCCGCCUCGCGCCGGCAUGGAGCGGCUGCGACGCUCGUUCCGGGAGUCCUUCCGGAGACGCAAGGGUUCGCCUCCAGAGUCAGCACGGCCGCACCAAUGGCACGCAGACGAAGCCGCGGUGCGAGCCGGCACCUGCACCUUCCCCGUCAAGUACCUCGGCUGCGUAGAGGUGUUCGAAUCCCGCGGCAUGCAAGUCUGCGAGGAAGCGCUUAAGGUGCUUAGGAAUUCCCGUCGUCGUCCAGUGCGCGCCGUGUUGCACGUUAGUGGUGACGGGCUGCGCGUCGUCGAGGAGGAGACCAAGGGCCUCAUUGUAGAUCAGACUAUCGAGAAGGUGUCAUUCUGCGCGCCUGAUAGGAACCACGAGAGGGGCUUCAGUUACAUAUGCCGUGACGGCACGACUCGACGUUGGAUGUGCCACGGUUUCCUAGCGUCCCGCGACAGUGGUGAGCGUUUGUCUCACGCGGUCGGAUGCGCGUUCGCGGCGUGUUUGGAGCGUAAACAGCGCAGGGAUAAGGAAUGCGCCGUCUCUAUGAGCAUCGACGCCGCGAGCCAUGCGUUCACCAGGCAGGGCUCCUUCAGGAAAUCUGGCAUAACUCCACGACGUGCUUCGGAGGCAGAUGCCAACAACAGUAAUGGGUCGGUGAUAGUGCCGGUGGGGUCGCUGGGCGGGGUGCCGAGCGUCCCAGCGUCGGUGGCAGUGGUCCAGCCGGCGGCCCCCCGCCCGACGCCGCACAACCCCUUCGCGGUGGAGCGGCCGCACGCCGCGCCCCAUCUACUCGAGCGACAGGGGUCUUUCCGUGGAUUCGCGCAUCUUAACAACAGUUCUCCAUUCAAGCGGCAGAUGUCACUGCGUAUCAGCGAGCUCCCCUCGAACUUGGAGCGUCAGCGCGCAGGGCUGGGCUCUCCCACGCGGGCCGUCGCUGCACCGGUAGCUGUCGCCGAGCCGAGGCAUGAAGGAGUACCCGCACAGGCAGAAGUACCGUCAGCGGACCCGGUGGCGGCGAUGUGCCAGCAAUUGUCGGCGGGGCUGCGCGCGCUGGCGGAGGAGCCCGCCGUGGCGGGCGCCGAGCCUGUCGCCGCGGCCGGCGCGCUGCCGCACCCCGACGCGUGGCUCGGCCGCGUCGCGCAGGCGUCGCCGCUGGCGCCCGCGCCGCGCGUCGCGCAGCCCGUGCGGGCCCCCCCGCUGGGCCAGGCAGGUCGCGCCGCCUCGUACGCGGGCCGCGCCGCCUCCACCAACCCGUUCCUGUCGCCCGGGGACGUGGCCCCGGCCCUGUAGGGCGCGCCCCGCGCUGCACCGGACCAGCUCCUGCUGGUGUUCGACUGAAGUCCGGGACUGGCGCCCCCGUCCCCCCACACGACACGGUAUCUGUCGCUCAGCAAAUAUUCUGCUUCCGUCGUGAAGGACUGGGACAGGGCUCAACGAAAUCCAGUCCACGUUGCGAGUCGUGCAGCGCGCUGUUAUAAAUCAAUCCUAUUCGUAACCACAGCUGGUUACUGUCACAUGUACCACUUGUCUAUCUAUGUAGGACUUACUAUGAAUGUACUAGCUAGAGAGCAGAGCGUUCUCUUGCGCUAUCUUGCUAAAACCAUGUACUUAUUGCACUAAUCGAUCGAUGUCGUCAUACUUAAAAAGUAAAAAAAAAACAAUAAGUACUUAUACUUGUUUCGUAGUAAAAGAGUAUGUCUAGCUCACUACUCGUGUUAUUUUUGUAAUAAUAUUUAUAAAACGAUGACUUAAAAUGAGAUGGAUGGUGUCCUUCAAUACGGUUCAAGCAAAUGUUCCUUUUAGUAAAUUGAAUAUACACAUCGUUGCAGUAUACGUCGAUGUUGUUAUUCACUGAGUAUUGCUAUUGUAAUUGACAAACAUCAAAAGUUAACGAGUUAGGCGUUGAACGGCUGGCUGUCGAUCCUCUAAAUACGAGUGUAAACAUCGCGGCUCCAAACGUGUUCUUAUUACAAAGUAUCAUUAAUAUACUGUUUACUAUCUUGCUAAAGCACUGAUCACAUUACUAUUAAUAAUAUCUUUGAAUGUUGGUAGCGGUUAAAAGACCGGAAUGUAUGUUAGACAUGAUCCUUAUUUAUACGUAACUGAAAUGAGUAUGCUUAUGUUGCCAAAGUGACUGGUACUGGUACAAAGUACUUGUGCGUCGUAACGGGCUUGCAUUGAUAGGAUACAAACAAUAUGAUUGAAACAGUUUGACAAAGAUUAUCUCGGGACGAUUGUUAUUUUUAUAUAAAAAUAACCGGUGCGAGAAAUUGACGGAAUUUAAGAAAUAAAUGAAAAUUAAAUUUUGUGUGAUGAUUAGCUUAAUUUAUAUAAUAUUGUACUUAACUCUAUAGUGAAUCGCACCGUGCUUUCGCGCCACACGCCACUACUCUUGUGUAUGUUAAAAUGUUCGUCUUUUAAUACGUAAGUUUAUAUUAAUUCCAUAAAAUUCGUCCAUACAGUAUUAGUCGGGCCGAGCGGAUUAUCUAAACACUGUACAACAACAAACAAACGAACAAUGCAGUAUUUUAAUAUUAAAUCAUUUUUAUGUAAAAUAGGAUUUUUGAUAUAUUUUUCCUUUUUUGUAUAUAAUUGUAAAGUUGUAAGCUAUUUAUCUCUUCAUCAUUCGUGGAUCUGUUUUUUAUACUUUUUUAUUACAUUUUUUUCUACACUGCUAUAAUUAGUAGGUGUUUGGAACGAACAAAUGGUAAUUGUCAUUUUCAUGUUAGUCAUUUGAAAAAUUUGCGUACUUACUUUAUACAAUUUAAUUAAUAAUAAUUUAGUUAAUAAUUUACGUUAUGAUGUUAUAGUUUUCUGUUAUGUUGAGCCAGCUAUCUUAAGUAUAGAUUACAUGAUUAAAUCAAUAUAUGUUGCUGUAAAUAGUUUUGUCGCAUCUUGUAUUAUCGUCUUGAUUGAAGUCAAAUAUAAUAGGGACAUGAUUUGGUUAUGAAAUAAUUAUUUAGCGAAUUUAACACAAAAUCUAACCGCACACAUUUAUGCCGUGUCUCCAGUAUAAUGUUUUAGUAUAUAUCUUAAUACGGGGCCUUCAGUGUGCAAUCAUAAUGUUACGCUUAGUUACGGCCCCGUCACAACACGGCCAAGUGGAAAGACCUUAAUCGCAAUUCAAAUUAGUUGCAUAUCUACAUUCCAGUAUACUUUGAAAAUAACACAAUGUAAUUGAUAGAUUGAAUAGAUAUAAUGCAUAUCACAAGCUAGCCUUGCAUAAAUUAUACGCACUUAUGUACUUACGAAUUGUAAAACUUUAAUAAAUAGUACUUAAACUUAUUGAAAAGAUCUAGAUAGUAUCCUUGUAACCGAAAUUGAUGUUGUUAUAAUGUAAUGCAGCUUUAAAGGCACCUAUAUUUGGAUACAUUUAAGCGUAUAUUCUGAAUGUCCUAUUUAACUAUCUGUCUAUUAGAAUACAAACGUCAUAUAAUGAAUAUUUGCAGUAUGUUUCUGAAUGUUUUGUAGUUCUCUUUCCGAAAUAAAUCUAUUGUAGCGAUGUACAGAUAUGAAAUUAAAUGGAAAUAUUUAUGAUACUGUAAAUGUAUUAACAUUUGACUACGUCUAAGUGCACAUUAUAUCUUCACUAGCACCAAUAAGCGAGUUUUAAAGUUAUCGCUGUUAUACAAGUACAUUAGAUUCGUAGUUAUAAAUGAGUAGGUCAUUCCGGAAUAUAUUUUCGUGUGCUUAUAUUGAACUAUUGGAACCGUUGUACUUAAAUAUAUGAAAAAUCACGUUGUUAUUGACCUUUUGUUGGGUGUUAUUUGUAUAUUAUACAGUGAUUUUAUCUUUGUCUAAAGCAUGUAAAUAUUGGCGUAUAUAUGUAGAUAUAUUAGAUAAUGAGAGUUCAAAUAUUAUAAAAAAUAAUAAAUUAUGUUUAGUUGAA